CAGUUUCUAUUCUUCCUUAUCAUGGCAGCAGUUUCGUUUCCUCACUGUCAGCUGGAGAGUGUAUAAAAAGAUGGGCUGAGCAGCCUCUGAGUGCUUCCCUGGAAUUCUCACCAGCAGAAAGCAGCAUGUCUGACCAGAACGUCCGCAACGCUGGCUUCACUCCCUCUGGGAUCACAGGAGGAUCCCUUGCCUCAUCAAUGAUGUCCAAAGAAGCCAGAGCCUCUGGGGGAGGUGUGCCUUCUGGAGGCCCCACUUCUACUCUCCAGGAAAUGGGUGCCAGAGGCACAACCCACUCAUCAGGGUACACCAGCAGUGGGAUCUCUGGUGGAUCCAGAGCCUCCAACACAAUGUCCAAGGAGGCCACAGCUCAUGGAGGUGGAGUUCCCAGGGGUGGCACAACUUCCACUGUCCAGUCCGUCACCAUGGGUGGAAAAGGAGGAAGACGCUGAAUAGAAGAAAAACAUCAGUCCAAACAUCAGCCCAACUCUGCAAGCAGUUCAUCCUUCAUCAUCAGCUUUGACAAUUUCUCCCCUUCUAUGAUCUUCCUGUUAUGAAAGGCAAAGCCUUCCACGUGCACAAAUAAAGUUUCUGUUAAAAUGA